CCAUCUUCAGGCGUCCAACGCGAUGCCGCAGCGUUGCUCUCGUAUGAGGACCGAGUGUAGGCAUUAGGUGGGUACCACAGCAUCCUCACAUAUCUUUCUCCGCGGUGUACCGCUGUUAUCAGAAUGGCAUAUGGCCAUGGUUCCUUAUCGCUCAGCAUUGCAGACAGAUGCGUUCUACUGCACUAGUCGUAUAGAGACGAACGCUUAUAGACAUACUUAUGGCACUAACACCAGGCCAAGUCGAUAUUAUCCGCUCUACUGUUCCUGUACUCAAGGAGCAUGGCAACGAUAUAACCAAAUCAUUCUAUGAGACGCUCUUGGCUGAGGUACCCGAUCUCAACAAUGUCUUCAACCAAGCCAACCAACGGAACAACCACCAAGCCGCGGCCCUCGCAUCUGCGCUCUACGCCUAUGCCUCGCAUAUUGAUGACUUGGGCGUCCUGUCACCGGCCGUCGAAAAGAUAUGCCAGAAACAUGCAAGUCUGUACAUCAAGCCAGAGCAGUACGACGUUGUUGGGACGUACCUGCUGCGAGCUAUGGGCGAUGUCUUAGGAUCAGCCCUGACGCCAGAGGUGCGGGAUGCUUGGGGCCAGGCGUACUGGCAACUAGCCAACAUAAUGAUCGACCGAGAGGAGCAGUUGCUGGGCGAUGCUGGAGAUUGGCGGGACUGGAGAGACUUCAGGAUCGCAGACAAGGUGCAGGAAAGCGAGGAGAUCACAAGCUUCUACCUCAAGCCUGUGGACGGCAAGCCAUUGCCGCCGUUUCUGCCCGGCCAGUAUAUCUCGGUUAUGACGGACGUACCUAAGAUGCACUAUAUGCAAUCCAGGCAGUACUCCCUCAGUGACACUCCAGACCCGAGUUACUACCGCGUCAGCAUCAAAAAAGAAAGCGGGCUCGAUCCGCAUGCGCCAGAUGCGGAAGCUCACCCUGGUUGGAUCUCCAACAUUAUGCACAGUACGAAGUCUGUCGGCGACCUUAUCAAAUUGAGCCAUCCAGCUGGCGAGUUCUUCUGCGAUCCGCAGAAGGACAUGGAUAGCCAGACGCCAGUAGUGCUAAUAUCUGCCGGAGUAGGCGUGACGCCAAUGAUCUCCAUCCUCAACACAUCGAUCAAGAAGAAUCAUGAGCAGAAGAUAUCGUUCAUCCACGGUGCGCGGACGACAAAGUUGCAAGCCUUCCGGCGACACGUCCACGAGGUUGUUGCACAGCAUCCCAACGUCACCGCUUCAAUCUUCGUCAAGACACCGGACGCCAGGACUGAUACUGAGGGCGUGGACUAUCGAUUCGCGUCCCGAAUUCAGCUUGAUGUACUAGACCGCAGCAAGGACCUAUUUCUCGACGAUCAGAAGACCAAGUACUUUGUCUGCGGGCCGGAAAGCUUCAUGGCCGAUGCGAGCAAGAGCCUUCGAGCUAAAGGGGUGGAUCAGGAACGUAUCAAGAUGGAGGUCUUCGGUACCGGGCCGUUGUUGAGUGAUUAGCAGAAAUUAUCUCAACAUUAUCCCAGCGUACAUUGGGUGUGUAUAUAAGCCUACAAUACACUCCAUGCUCUCUGUCGCUGCUACGGCAUCUCUUUUAUGUUGUCGGGAUGGCUUCGCGACAGACACUCGAAGUUUCUUAUGGGAUUCAGCUGUGAAUAUGGGCGCAAGCCUACAGUUUCUCGUGAGAGCAAAGAUAGCACAGGGACCGCACCUUCAACGCUACUGUAGCCGAAGCCAGGCACGUG